AUGCACAUCUAUCUAUCUAUCUAUCUAUCUAUCUAUCUAUCUAUCUAUCUAUCUAUAUAUCUAUCUAUCUCUAUAGAUAAUGACCACGGAGCAGUUAAAGGUCCAAAUUUGCUAUAUACUUUCGCAAUUUCAUGUAAUCUAUCUAUCUAUCUAUCUAUCUAUCUAUCUAUCUAUCUAUCUUACAUUUUUAAGGUUGUAUGUCAGUUAAUAUUUUGUUUGUGUUUCUUUCUUUCUUUCUUUCUUUCUUUCUUAACAAGCUCAUAUCUAUCUAUCUAUCUAUCUAUCUAUCUAUCUAUCUAUCUAUCUAUCUAUCUAUCUAUCUAUCUAUCAUGUUGCCUUUUCUUAUCUAUCUAUCUAUCUAUCUAUCUAUCUUACAUUUUUAAGGUUCUCAUAUCUAUCUAUCUAUCUAUCUAUCUAUCUAUCUAUCUAUCUAUCUUAAUCAUUACUAAUCUAUCCCUUUGUUCAUUUUCUAUCAAUAUAUUUCAAGUUUUCCUAAUGUCUCUCACUUUCUCUCUGUUUAUAUCCCUCGAUUUUUUAUUCUCUCUUUCUGUUUAUCUAUUUCAUUUUUCUAUCUAUCUAUCUAUCUAUCUAUCUAUCUAUCUAUCUAUCUAUCUAUCUGGUACGACAAUUUAUCCAUCGCAUCCCGUAUUUGCCUAUUCGUAUCUAUCUAUCUAUCUAUCUAUCUAUCUAUCUAUCUAUCUAUCUAUUUCAGGCUAUUCCUUUUUUGCCUUCUUUCUUUCUUUUUCUUCUUUCUCUCUUUUUUCUACUUUAUGCUCUUUCUCAUGCCGUGUUCAUCUAUCUAUCUAUCUAUCUAUCUAUCUAUCUAUCUAUCUAUCUAUCUAUCAGUUUAUCAGUCUCAUUCUUUUUUUCUUUCUGUUACUCACAAAAGUAAUAUUUUUUUCUUUCUUUGUUGACCUGUUUCUUCUAAUUCUUUUUUCUCUCUUUUCUUUCUUUCUUUCUAUUUUAUUCUAUAUUACUUUCCCUUAUAAUUUCUUCUUUGCUUCUUUCUUUCGUUUACUUCUAUUUCCUUUCUUUCUUUUCUAUUUCGUUUGUCUGUUUCUUUCUUUCUUUCCCUUAUAUUUUGUUCUUUCUUUAUCUCCUUAUUUACAUUUUCUUUCUUUCUUUUUCUUUCUUUCUUUCUUUCUUUCUUUCUUUUUCUUUCUUUCUUUCUUUCAAAUUUCCUCUUUAUUUUCUUUCUUUUUUAAUUUGUAUUCUUUCUUUGCAUCACAUUUUCUUUUUCGUUUAUUUGUUUGUUUUCUUUCUAUUUUCUUUCUGUUCUAUUUUCCUUUCAUUCCCUUCUAUUUUAUUCUUUCUUUCUAA